AUGUUCGGCUACGCCACCGACGAGACCCCCGAGCUCUUCCCCCUGACUCUCCUCUUUGCUCACCAGCUGAACGCUGCCAUGUCCGCUGCCCGCCGCGACGGCUCUCUGCCUUGGCUCCGCCCCGACACCAAGACCCAGGUCACCAUCGAGUACAAGCACGACAAGGGUGCUGUCAUCCCCCAGCGCGUCCACACCGUCGUCGUCUCUGCCCAGCACAGCGAGGACAUCACCACUGAGCAGCUCCGCAAGGAGAUCCUCGAGAAGAUCAUCAAGAAGGUCAUCCCCGCCAAGUACCUCAACGACGAGACCAUCUACCACAUCCAACCCUCUGGCCUCUUCAUCAUCGGUGGCCCUCAGGGUGACGCCGGUCUGACCGGUCGCAAGAUCAUCGUCGAUACCUACGGUGGCUGGGGUGCCCACGGCGGUGGUGCUUUCUCCGGAAAGGACUACUCCAAGGUCGACCGUUCCGCUGCCUACGUCGGUCGCUGGAUCGCCAAGUCUCUCGUCAACGCCGGCCUCGCCCGUCGUGUUCUCGUCCAGCUUUCCUACGCCAUUGGUGUCGCCGAGCCCCUCUCCAUCUACGUUGACACCUACGGCACUUCCGACAGGACCUCCGAUGAGCUCGUCGAGAUCAUCAACCAGAACUUCGACCUGCGCCCUGGUGUCAUUGUCCGUGAGCUCAACCUUGACCGCCCCAUCUACAACCAGACCGCCAAGAUGGUCACUUCGGCACCAACCAGACCUUCACCUGGGAGCAGCCUAAGCAGCUCAAGUUCUAAGCGGUUUCGACCGGAAUUCUUUUUGCCCCAACGAUACCCCAGAGAGCGUUCAACAAGCUCUCUGCAUUGCUAUGAAUAG